AUGCAGAUCUUCGUGAAAACCAUCACCGGCAAGACCAUUACCUUAGAAGUAGAGAGUUCUGAUACAAUCGACAACGUCAAAGCCAAGAUCCAGUAUAAGGAAGGGAUUCCACCUGAUCAGCAGAGGCUCAUAUUCGCCGGGAAACAGUUGCAAGUUGGAAGAACCUUAGCGGAGUACAAUAUCCAGAAGGAAUCCACCCUUCACCUCGUCCCCCGUCUCCGUGGUGGAAUGCAGAUUUCCGUCAAGACCUUAACCGGAAAAACUAUCACUUUGGAGGUUGAAAGUUCUGCUGGGAUUGACAAUGUGAAGGCUAAGAUACAGGACACUGAAUCUACGUUGAAUAUCAGCCUCCGUAUUCGCAGCACGAUGAAGAUCUUCAUCACAACACUAAACGGCAACACGAUGACUUUGGAAGUUAAAGGCUCCGAUACGAUUGAUAACGUGAAGGCUAGGGUUCAGGACAAAAGCUUUCCACUGGCUAAGCAGUGUUUGGCCUUUAAUGGCACGCAGCUCGAUGAUGAUAGAAGUUUGGCGGAUUAUAAUAUCCAACAAGAAUAUACCUUGGUUCUGAGGUUUAGAGGGGAUGUGCAGAUCUUUGUCAAGUUUUUGACAGGAAAGACGAUCAUUCUGGAUGUUGAGAGCUCGGAUACUGUUGAUAAUGUGAAGGCAAAAAUUCAAGCCUUGGAGGGGAUUCCGGCUGAUCAGCAGAGGCUUGUAUUUGGUGCGGGGCAGCUUGAAGAUUAUCGGACUCUCGCUUAUUAUAAUAUUGAAAAUGAGUCCAUUCUGCACCUUGUCCUGCGUAUCAGAGGUUAA